AUGGAAUCGUAUAUCGAAGCGCCGCCAGCUGCCAACUUCUCCAUUCGCUAUUUGUUUCGUCCGCCUUUCACCCCGCCCUCCGCAGUGCAAAUGGAUGUAUUGCUAGACGGUAACUACGUGCAAGCACCAUUCGUCGAGUGGGGUGGAAAGGAAGAGUGCGAGGGAUACCUUUGCUCGCGAUCGACUUCAUCGACUGGGGGGCACAGCUUCACCCAGGGCUUCCAAUUCGCUGAGCUGAGAACUGACGAGACCAACACCCCGAUGACCAAGGACCUCGCGGAUCAGCUGUCACCCGUUGGUCGCAUCGUGCUUUACUUCUACUUCAUCGAGCAUCUCGAAGCAGUGAGACCAGAAGAAGUACCUCAGCUUACCAGCAACGAGUUUGAUGUCCUCAGCGAGAAGGCGUUACACAAGGCGGCUGCCAUGCAGGGCGAUCAGCUCUCGCAUCAGACUAGUGCUCCCGAGCAACGUGAUACCAUCACUUACAACGAGGUCAAGACGACUGAGAACGAGCCUUUUGCAACGUUCACGUUCUACUACAGGUCGACAGAUGCGCUCAAGUCCAUCGGCAUCAUCCCGCGUACCCCAAGCCCAUCUCCGGAGCCAGAAUCAGAGGCUGAAGACAGGGAUCCGGAAGACAUGACCGAGGAAGAGUUGAGAGCAGUGGUUAUACGCAUGCGCGAGAAGAACCAUAAAGCAAUCACUAUCAAGCGCGAACGCGAGGAAGAGCGAGAAGGCAGUGAGGAUACCCUAGUUGGUGAUGAGGUCGAGUGGAUCGGCAGCCAGCCGGCACAUCCGAUCGUGAAGAGGGUACGUCGCAUGCCUGGUCCUGAUGAUGAGGUCGUGGCUCUUGAUGAUUGA